AUGAAACAACGUUACGACAGUCGAAAUGCGCGUGCAUGCAAUUGCGUUGCGUCAUCGCGACGCUAAAGAAUUCAUCGGUAUUUUGAAUGGAAGCUCAGAAUCAAGAUAGCACGAAGAAGCGAUACCCGUUCGAAUCAAUCGUCGACAGAUCAUCUCGUGACAAAAACGGUCGUCGCUUGCUCGAGCAACAAAUUCCGCGCCAUGAGGAUUGCGUGGAUUCUCUCGUUGGUGAUGGCACCGUUGUUGGUGCUAGGUAGUCCACCGGGUAACACUAUUAGAGAAGGAGGCAUCAAAAUUGGAAACAGGGGAACGGUUUCCAAGGGCGUAAACGUGGGUAGAGGCAAUUCAGCAGUUCGUAUCGGUGAAGGAAGUAGACUAUCGAAUUCAACGAGACAGCGAUCAUUUCCGACUACCACAACCACCACAACUACCCCUACACGUUUUACACCGCAGUCUUCUGUGGGGAAUAAUUAUAACAUCACCGAUCUCAAGGUGGGCAUGAUGGUACCGUACAAAUCCUUCGGCGUGAGGGAGUACACCAGAGCAGUCACUACUGCUAUUAACACGCUGCAGAGAAGUACGAGGGGUCCAAGGCUAGGGCUUUUCCAGCGAUAUGAUCUUCAUGUCAAGAUAGCGAUGAAGGAACUUACACCUAGCCCAACUGCUAUCUUAGACUCGCUUUGCAAGGACUUUCUUUCGGUGAACGUAUCGGCCAUCUUAUACCUUAUGAACUACGAGCAAUAUGGACGCAGUACGGCCAGCGCUCAAUAUUUUCUUCAAUUGGCCGGUUACUUAGGAAUCCCUGUUAAGUUAUAUAACGGAAAUUCCGUUGGUUUGUAGCGAGCGUCGCAGAGUAGCCUGCAGCUGCAACUGGCACCGUCGCUGGAACAUCAGACCGCGGCGAUGCUGAGUAUCCUGGAGAGGUACAAGUGGCAUCAGUUUAGCGUAGUCACCUCGCAAAUAGCUGGUCACGACGACUUCAUACAGGCGGUCAGAGAGAGAAUCUCCGACAUGCAGGACACAUUCAAGUUCACCAUACUGAGCGCCAUUCUGGUUACCGAACCGCACGAUUUGCUCGAGCUAGUUAACAGCGAGUCACGAGUGAUGCUACUGUACUCGACUAGAGAAGAAGCUAAUGAAAUCCUGAGUGCUGCCAGGGAAUACAAAAUUACCGGCGAGAAUUAUGUGUGGGUCGUCACGCAAAGCGUUAUCGAGAAUCUACAAACUCCCAGUCAGUUUCCGGUCGGAAUGUUAGGUGUACAUUUCGAUACGAGCAGUGAGAGUUUGGUAAGCGAAAUCACCACGGCAAUCAAGGUCUACGCUUAUGGUGUCGAGGACUUUGUCAAUGAUCCGAAAAAUGCGAAACAAAGUUUGAACACUCAACUGAGCUGUGAAGGCAUCGGUGAAUCACGAUGGAGCACAGGGGAUCUAUUUUUCAAAUAUUUGAAGAACGUUUCGGUCGAGGGUGAUCAAGGAAAGCCAAACGUAGAGUUCACUCAAGAUGGUGUGUUAAAGGCGGCGGAGUUGAAAAUUAUGAACCUUCGGCCGGGGGUUAGCAAACAGCUCGUCUGGGAGGAGAUCGGUGUGUGGAAGUCUUGGGAAAAAGAAGGUCUUGAUAUUAAAGACAUCGUCUGGCCGGGCAAUACUCACACUCCUCCGCAAGGCGUUCCAGAGAAGUUUCACCUCAAAAUAACCUUUCUGGAGGAGCCUCCCUACAUCAAUCUUGCACCGCCCGAUCCUGUGACCGGAAAAUGCCUGGUGGAUCGUGGUGUUGAGUGUCGUGUGGCUAAGGAUUCUGAUAUGGUUGAAGUAGAUAUUCAAUCGGCACAUAGGAAUGGGAGCUUUUAUCAGUGCUGCAGCGGAUUUUGCAUCGAUCUGCUGCAGAAAUUUUCCGAAGAAAUUGGUUUUACUUUCGAGCUCAUAAGAGUGGAGGAUGGCAAGUGGGGUACUUUGGAGAAUGGGAAGUGGAAUGGGCUUAUAGCUGAUCUCGUCAACCGAAAGACCGAUAUGGUGAUGACUUCGUUGAUGAUCAAUUCAGAAAGAGAAGCGGUAGUCGAUUUCACUGUACCUUACAUGGAAACUGGUAUUGCCAUUGUUGUAGCAAAAAGAACAGGCAUAAUAUCUCCCACUGCGUUUUUAGAACCGUUCGAUACGGCUUCAUGGAUGCUAGUAGGCAUUGUUGCCAUACAUGCCGCAACGAUAAUGAUACUGCUCUUCGAGUGGGCAUCACCCUCUGGGUUCGACAUGAAGGUAAACCCUUCAGGCGCUGCGCAAAAACUGAAUAAUCCAUCGACGAACCAUCGAUUUUCUUUCUGUCGUACGUACUGGCUGGUCUGGGCCGUGUUAUUUCAGGCUGCCGUCCAUAUCGACUCUCCCAGAGGAUUUACAGCUAGAUUUAUGACGAAUGUCUGGGCAUUAUUUGCCGUGGUCUUCCUCGCCAUUUACACUGCCAAUUUGGCUGCCUUCAUGAUCACGCGGGAAGAGUUUCAUGAAUUCAGCGGUGUGGAUGAUCACAGGCUCGCUAAGCCCUUUUCUCACAAACCCAUGUUCAAAUUCGGCACGAUACCAUGGAGUCACACAGACAGUACGCUUGCAAAAUAUUUCAAGGAGAUGCACUCCUACAUGAGGGCUUUCAAUAAAAGCAGCGUUGCAGAUGGUAUCGAAGCUGUCAUUACUGGAGAUAUGGAUGCGUUCAUUUAUGACGGCACAGUUUUGGAUUAUUUGGUCGCUCAGGAUGAGGAUUGUCGAUUGCUAACGGUCGGAUCAUGGUAUGCUAUGACGGGAUAUGGUCUGGCGUUCUCCAGGAACUCAAAGUACUUACAAAUGUUCAACAAGCAGCUGUUGGACUAUAGAGAUAACGGAGAUCUGGAGCGGUUGAGAAGAUACUGGAUGACUGGGACGUGCAAACCUGGGAAGGAAGUACAAAAGAGUAGCGAUCCGCUAGCAUUGGAGCAAUUCUUGAGCGCAUUUCUGUUACUGAUGAUGGGUAUUCUUUUGGCGGCAGUCUUUUUACUUUUGGAACACCUGUAUUUCAAAUACAUCAGACAACAUCUGGCAAAAAGCGACGACGGUGGCACAUGUGCUAUUUUCAGCCUGAGCGUGGGAAAAUCCUUGACUUUCCGUGGUGCAGUGUACGAAGCGCAAGAUAUCUUAAGGCAUCAUAGAUGCAAGGAUCCGAUCUGCGACACCCACUUAUGGAAGGUCAAGCAUGAACUUGACAUGGCUAAGAUCAGGAUACGACAGCUUGAGAAGGAUCUUGAGGCCCAUGGAAUAAAGCCAACUCAGACCAAGAGGAAAUCCAGAAGUCUGGGCUGGUGGCGAGGGUGCUUCCAAAGUUCGGACCGCCAUACACAACCGGAGCCAUUGGCGGGGGAAGGGCCACAACCCCCAACGCCAUACUUCGAUUCGUAUAUCGAUGCCGUCGAGGUUGCCCGUCCGAGGGACAUGAGUAGAAACCAUGUGGUCAGUACGGAAUACGCCGAGACGUUCCUACCCACGGAGAUUUACAGGAUUCCGGAUGAUGAUGUGACUAGGACGGAAAUCGCCGAAAUGGAGACAGUUCUGUGAUCUUAAGAGGAUCGGCUUCAGUCGCCCAAUCACGCAACGCUGGAAGCGUAUGGGACGAACAGAGAGGCCUCUGAAGACUCCAGAAACAAUGCGAUUUAAAUAAAAAAUCGCAUCCUGUUGCUCCUGCUUCGAACAACGAGCUCCACCCACAUCAACCUUUCGUUCGGACGAAGACGCUGAUCCGCUGAUAUCGAUCCUCGGAAAUGUCGUCGCGUGCGCGGUGAAACAACGAGAGGAGGAACGUCGUCAGUGCCUAUCAAUGAUUGAGAGUCAACCAGACCAAGAAGACACCAAUCGAAGAUAUUUUGUGACUCAAAGAAGUGCAUUUGUUACCAACACUCGCGUUAUACUUUUAAAAGAUGCAUCUUUUGUGUCCUUUGAAACAUUGGAAGGAAUGCAUUUGCAUGACAAUUUGCAACUUUGCGUUCACAUAACAAUAGUGAUUGUUGUGAGAAAAUGUUUCAAAAAAUUACUGAAUCUUUAUAACGCUCGGACGAAUGCUCAAUAAUCGAGCAGGAUUUCAGUCUCUCUACGAGAGAUUUAUUUUUAACAACACGAUCGACAGGCCACGUCGUCGACAUUGAAGCUAACUGCUUCAUGUUCACGUAGGUGCAAAGAUUUAUUUCAAAAUUUCAACCGGUGCCUAAAAUCGUUUGGACAUGACUCAUAAUGUAUUAGAUGAUCUAUUAAA